GCCAGCUUGGGCGCAUAGCGGGCGUCAUUUAAACCACACACAAAAAUCAAAUCACUAGCUCGAUUCGGUCUCGUCGUCGUCGUCGUGUUUGCCCAUGGAACAAUAUCAAAGUCCAGCCUGACUAUGGCCAAUGCAAAUAUCAUCCUCUCUUUGGUCAUCCUCGGCAGUCUUUGUAGUCUGGCUAAUGCCGUCUAUAAAGUGGGCGUUGGGCGUGCCGAUAUAACCGGGCCACCAGUGGAAAUCAAUUUUAUGGGCUAUGCUAAUAUCAAACAAGUGGGAGAGGGUCUACAUACUCGAGUCUUUGCCCGCGCUUUUGUGGUGGAGGAUGAGAAGGGCAAUCGUGUGGCUUUUGUCAGUGCCGAUUGUGGCAUGAUGGGUUAUGGCCUGAAGCGGGAGGUGAUUAAGCGUCUGCAGGCGCGUUAUGGCAACAUUUAUCACACGGACAAUGUGGCCAUUAGUGGCACUCAUACGCACGGUGCUCCUGGAGGAUUCCUGAUGCAUCUGCUUUACGAUAUUUCCAUAUUGGGAUUUGUGCCACAAACCUUUGAGGUGAUGGCUCAGGGCUUGUACUUGAGUAUUAAACGUGCCACGGAUAACAUGGUGGAUGGACGCAUCUUCUUGGCCACGACCACAGUGCUGAAUGCCAAUAUCAAUCGUUCGCCCACAUCUUAUCUCCGCAAUCCCGAGGAGGAACGAGCUCAGUAUGAGCAUGAUGUGGACAAGACUCUGACCCAGCUCCGCUUCGUCGAUACGCAGAAUAAUCUGCUGGGUGCCUUCAAUUGGUUUGCCGUGCAUGCCACAUCCAUGAAUAACACCAACAAACUGGUGACCAGCGACAAUGUGGGAUAUGCUGCUCUUCUUCUGGAGAAGGAGUACAACCCGAAUAAGAUGCCGGGCAAGGGUAAAUUCGUGGGAUCAUUCUGCUCUUCCAAUUUGGGUGAUGUCUCACCCAAUAUUAUGGGCCCCAAGUGUUCCAUUUCUGGCAAUGAGUGUGAUUUACUGAGUUCAACUUGUCCCUCUGGAGAGGGAGAGUGCUUUGCCUCUGGUCCCGGUCGUGAUAUGGUAGAGAGUACCCAGAUUAUUGGUCAGCGUCUUGCCGAGGCAGCUCUCAAUCUGCUGAAUGAGCAAAGUCAGGAAUCGACGGCACGCGAAGUCACUGGAGAUGUGCGAUUCAUUCAUCAGUUUGUGGACAUGCCCAACUAUAAUGGCAGCGCCUAUAACCCAUUGAGUCGCAAACUGGAUAAGAUUCGUGGCUGUCAACCAGCUAUGGGUUAUAGUUUCGCUGCUGGCACUACAGACGGACCGGGAGCCUUUAGUUUUGAGCAGGGCACUACGACGGAUAAUGCCAUGUGGAAUUUCGUAAGAGAUUUCAUAGUUCCACCCACUCAGGAGGAUGUUAAAUGCCAUGAACCGAAGCCCAUAUUGCUGGCCACUGGACGGGCAACAUUCCCCUAUGAAUGGCAACCCAAAAUUGUGUCUGAUCAGCUGCUGAAGAUUGGUGAUGUUAUCAUAGCUGCGGUGCCCUGUGAAUUUACCACCAUGGCCGGACGACGAUUGCGUAAUCAGAUCCGAGCAGCUGCCUCAGCAUCUGGAGGAAUCGAACCAACAGUCAUUAUUGCUGGAUUGACAAACAUCUACACCAGCUACACAGUCACACCAGAGGAAUAUCAGGCCCAGAGAUACGAGGCUGCCUCUACCAUCUUUGGCCCACAUACUCACUCCAUCUACAUGGAUGUUUUCGAGCGUUUAACCAAAGCCAUGAUGAGGAAUGAAACAGUCGAUGCUGGUCCCAGUCCGCCCUAUAUGAACGAUGUGAUGUUGUCUCUGAACACAGGAGUCCUUUUCGAUGGCCAUCCCAUUGGCACAGAUUUCGGUUAUGUAAAGACACAACCAAACAAGGAAUAUGGCAUCAAUGAGACUGUCCAUGUCUCCUACAUUUCUGGCAAUCCACGCAACAAUCUGUUCACAGAGAAAACUUACUUUACCAUUGAACGCAAGAUCAAUGAAGAUCGCUGGAAGGUCACCUACACAGAUGCCAGCUGGGAGACAAAAAUGAUCUGGCAUCGUACAAAUAUCAUCCUUGGAUUCAGUGAGGUGUCAAUCUAUUGGAACAUUAGUCCACAGACCUUGCCCGGAGAGUAUCGCAUACGACACUCCGGGGAAUAUAAAUAUAUACUGGGUGGCAAAUAUCCCUACGAGGGACUAACACAGUCGUUCAUUGUCAAGGAGGACUAGGAGGUGUAUUUAAAAGAUUCCUAAACUAAAUCAUGAAAGACACACUAAAUUCAUGUAUUUAUUUACCAUUUAUGAAGAUGAAAAGCUUUAUUUUUGCAAAUACAAAUUAAACUGA